GACAGCCACGUAUUUACUUUAUUUGUGGUGUUGUGUUCUAAACCUUAAUAAUUUUCAUUAAAUGAUUAAUUUAGUAAAUACCAUUGAAAAAAAGAAACUUGCCUAAGGUUAAAAAAAUCGUUUAUUUUGUUGAAAGCGACUAAGUACUUAGAGAUGCUAACAAAAUUUGAAACCAAAUCUGCAAGAGUGAAAGGCUUGUCUUUUCACCCAAAAAGGCCGUGGAUUCUAGCAAGUUUACACAAUGGUUGCAUUCAACUAUGGGAUUACAGGAUGUGCACUCUAUUGGAAAAAUUUGAGGAGCAUGACGGUCCAGUAAGGGGUAUUUGUUUUCAUAACCAACAACCUUUAUUUGUAUCAGGAGGAGAUGACUACAAAAUUAAAGUAUGGAAUUAUAAGCAGAAAAGAUGUAUUUUUACCUUGUUGGGUCACCUUGAUUAUAUACGGACCACUGAAUUCCAUCAUGAGUAUCCCUGGAUUGUUUCUGCUUCUGAUGAUCAAACUAUUCGGAUUUGGAAUUGGCAAAGUCGUACUUGUAUUUGUGUUCUCACAGGGCAUAAUCAUUAUGUGAUGUGUGCAAUGUUUCAUCCCAGUGAAGACUUGCUUGUGUCUGCAUCUUUGGAUUCUACAGUAAGAGUUUGGGAUAUAUCUGGUCUUAGGAAGAAAAAUGUUGCCCCAGGACCAUCUGGAUUGGAGGAACAUUUAAAAAAUCCUGGUGCCACUGAUCUUUUUGGUGUUUCUGAUGCAGUUGUAAAACAUGUCCUAGAGGGGCAUGACAGAGGAGUCAACUGGGCAAGCUUCCAUCAUUCCCUACCUUUAAUUGUGUCAGGAGCGGAUGAUCGUCAAAUAAAAUUGUGGAGAAUGAAUGAUUCUAAAGCUUGGGAAGUUGAUACUUGCAGAGGACAUUAUAACAAUGUUUCUUGUGUUUUAUUUCACCCCAGGCAAGAAUUAAUUCUAUCAAACAGUGAGGACAAGAGUAUUAGGGUGUGGGAUAUGCAAAAGAGAACUUGCCUUCAUACUUUUCGAAGGGAACAUGAAAGAUUUUGGGUUAUGACAUCUCAUCCAAAUUUGAAUCUGUUUGCCGCAGGUCACGAUGCAGGUAUGAUUAUUUUCAAGCUUGAAAGAGAGAGACCUGCAUAUACAGUUCAUGGAAAUUUGUUGUACUAUGUCAAAGAAAGAUAUUUAAGGAAACUGGAUUUUACUACCGCAAAAGAUGUACCUGUCAUUCAAAUAAAAGGUGGUGGAAAAAUUCCCAUAUACAAAAUGUCAUUUAAUCCUGCCGAAAAUGCAGUGUUGCUUUCAACUCGUACAUCCAACCUAGAUAACAGUACUUACGACUUGUAUAUCAUCCCUAAAGAGCAAGAAAGGGAUGAUCAUGUUCCAGAAGUUGAGAGCAAAAGGUCUAGCGGUUUGACCGCGCUUUGGGUGGCUAGAAACAGGUUUGCUGUUUUGGAUCGUUCCCAUCAGUUAGUAAUUAAAAAUUUAAAAAAUGAAGUUACUAAGAAGGUGCAAACGCCACCCUGCGAUGAAAUUUUUUAUGCCGGAACUGGUAUGUUAUUACUUCGUGAUGCAGAACAUGUUACCCUAUUUGACGUGCAACAAAAACGAAUUUUAUCACAAGUGAAAAUCAACAAAUGUCGCUAUGUUGUUUGGUCUAAUGAUAUGGCUCAUAUUGCUCUCCUUGCAAAACACACUGUGACUAUUUGCAAUAGAAAACUUGAUGUCCUAUGCUCCCUUCAUGAAAAUACACGUGUCAAGUCAGGAGCAUGGGAUGAUUCUGGAGUUUUUAUUUACACUACCAGUAAUCAUAUCAAGUACACUCUCACUAAUGGUGACCAUGGAAUUAUAAGAACCUUGGACUUACCUAUUUACAUCACCAGAGUAAAGGGAAGCCAAGUGUUUUGUUUGGAUAGAGAAUGCAAACCUCGAAUUUUGACAGUAGAUCCUACAGAAUACAAAUUCAAAUUAGCUUUGAUAAACCACCGCUAUGAAGAGGUACUUUAUAUGGUCCAGAAAUCAAGACUUGUUGGUCAGUCUAUCAUAUCAUACCUUCAACAGAAAGGGUAUCCUGAGGUUGCAUUGCAUUUUGUCAAAGAUGACAAAACCCGCUUCACUUUAGCAUUGGAAUGUGGUAAUAUUGAAGUGGCCUUAGAAGCUGCAAAGUCUUUGAAUGAUAAGGCUUGUUGGGAUCAAUUAGCGCAAGCUGCUUUGUGGCAGGGCAAUCACCAAGUGGUGGAAAUGUGCUACCAGAGAACAAAGAGCUUUGAAAAGCUUUCUUUUCUUUAUUUAAUUACAGGCAAUUUGGAUAAACUAAGAAAGAUGACUAAAAUUGCUGAAAUCAGAAAAGCCAGAUCCUCACAGUAUCAUGGAGCUCUACUUUUAGGUGACCUUGAAGAACGUGUUAAGAUCCUGAAAUCAUCAAAUCAGCUAUCGCUGGCAUAUUUGACAGCUGCUACACAUGGAAUGACUGACGAAGCAGAACAAUUAAUUGCCCAGAUAGGAAACAACAAAAAAUUACCGGAUAUCGAUCCAAAUGCAAAAUUUUUGAAGCCACCUCCUCCAAUACAACAAGCAGAAUCAAAUUGGCCUCUACUCACCGUAAGCAAAGGCUAUUUUGAAAACACUGCAGCUGCAGCGACAGCAGCUAACAAAUCACUAAUGGCAGAACCGACCAUUGAUACUGGCAUGGAAGAAGCAGGUGGCUGGGGCGACGAAGAUGAUCUAGAAAUAGAUCAAGAAGAAAAGAAAGGUGUUGCUGCUGGCUCAACCGGAGAAGGGGAAGCGGGAUGGGACGUUGAAGAUGCUGAUCUUGAAAUUCCAGACCUCGGUCCUGCACAGACGACUGAAAUCAGUGAUAGCUACGUACAUCUUCCUGCACAAGGCCCUUCCCCAAGACUUAGCUGGACUAAAUCUUCUCAGUUAGCUGCCGAUCAUAUUGCGGCCGGAUCGUUUGAAUCUGCUUGCCGGCUACUUCACGACCAAGUGGGCAUCGUAAACUUUAAACCAUACGAGAGCAUGUUUAUGACUCUGUAUGGGAGCUCCCGAACCGUUUCUGUCCACCUGCAAAACGUCCCACCUAUAUUUGCUUACCCGCUCAGAAAUUGGAAGGAUGCAAAUAUAAAAACCAGCCUUCCCGCUACAGGAGUUAAAUUAAAUGAUUUGAUUUCUCGUUUACAGGUUUGUUAUCAACUAACCACUGGCGGCAAAUUCACGGAGGCGAUCGAAAGAUUUCAAAAUCUUCUUCUGGCUAUAACACUCUUGAUAGUGGAUAACAAGCAAGAAAUAGCUGAAGCUCAGCAGUUGCUGAAAAUAUGCGGCGAAUAUAUUUGCGGCUUGCAAAUGGAAACGCUUCGAAAAACACUACCGAAAGGUUCGGCAGAAGAACAGAAAAGGCAAUGCGAAAUGGCGGCAUACUUUACGCAUUGCAAGUUACAACCUAUUCAUCAAAUCCUAACUCUUAGAACGGCGCUAAAUAUGUAUUUCAAGUUGAAGAAUUUCAAAACUGCCGCGUCCUUCGCGAAAAGACUACUCGACUUAGGACCCAGACCGGAAGUCGCACAACAGACCAGAAAAAUUUUGCAGGCUUGCGAUGCAAAUCCUGUGGAUGAAAUGAAAUUAAGCUAUGAUGAACACAACCCCUUCUCGAUCUGCGGUUACUCCUACACUCCAAUAUAUCGGGGCAAAGCGGAAGAGAAAUGUCCUCUCUGUGAAACUUCAUACCUUCCCAAAUACAAGGGGUGUUUAUGUAAUGUAUGCCAGGUAGCGGAAAUAGGUAAAAAUUCGAUUGGAUUGAGGAUAAGUUCGCAUCAGUUCCGAUAAGGUGUUAUAUAAAAUAUUGUCAAGCUGUAAUAAUGAACUGAAACAUAUAUAUAUAUAUAAUAAAUAAUUAGUAUUCGUCAGAGAUUCUUCAUUAACAACACCCCUUU